AUGCGCUUUUAUUCUCUUUCAGCAUGGCUGGUGCAGGUCAUCGCCACGUCUUGGAUGAUAGGAUCAGCUCACACGUACCGUAGUGCUCGCUAUCCUUCGUACGUGGAUCAACAACAUAUUGAUUCGUUCUCCCUCGGCUCAACUAUGCCCGAAAUCGGCAUCGCGCCUCAAGCUGAUGGUGUUGCCGUCCAGCCACUGAAGGCACGAGCAAUAUCAGACGUGUUCGACAACGCCCAAUUUGAUUCACUCGGUGCAUCCGGCUCUAACCAGCAACACAACUUUAAGCAGGAAAUACGCGACGUAGUCAAGAGCCUCGGGCACACAAAGGCCAUUGUUUCCCGACAUUCGCUUGCCAGUGUGACCUACUCGAUGCAAGUUCUGAAACCUGGGCAGUAUCUCCAAUACAAUUAUCCCAAGAGCCAGUGGGAAGGAAUGGAAGACACCAUUCGCCUUUACAUCGCUCUUUGGGGACCAUUCUCCCAAUCCUUCAAGUUCGAAUUUCUGAAGGAUCAAGGGAUCAUGCGAUUUCGAAUCGCAUGUGAAAAGGACCCAACCUCCAUCUUGAGUCUCUUCACAGAAGACAGCAUUGACCGUCAAAACGUCGUUGAUGUUGAGACUCCUAAUAAACUGGAAGACGCUCUGAAAAAACUUGCAGCGGCCAAAACGAUUACCGUCAAAGUGUCCUGCGAUCUCCUCGAGGUCGUAUCCAAAAACAAGACACUGUGCAAUUAUUUCAUGAAAUUCAGUGUGAACUUCCUGAAGACGCCAACAUCCCUCUAUCUACGGUUCAAGAAGAACGUUACGAAAAAGCGGAUCAAAGUCCGACUGGUAGAGGUUGGAUCCUUCACAGGGGGAGAGCACGAGAUCAAGGCCACGUCUCACCUGGAACUUGAACGCCUGGCUGGAAGCAAAUUUGCGGAUCUUCUUCCUCACAAAUCCUGA